GCUUUAAAAAAAGAGCAGAUAUCCACAUUACAGCUCAAAAUAAAUGAUAAUGAUUUUACUUGUGGAAUUGAAGAAUGGAUGCCACCUUCACAUGAGCUGAAAGGUAUUGUUUUUAUUCGUCAAUCUCUUAGCUGUGAUUCUCCAAUUGAAAGUGGUUAUUAUUCAAAUCGCCUAAAAAAACCUCCUAUUUGUUAUUAUUGUGGUAAAAAUAAUUCAUUGGUGGAGGCAACUGACGAUUUACUUCAUGGAUAUCAAUCUGUAUAUCCACUUUGUUCUAAUUGUCAACUUUCAGGUCAUUCUUUUCAUACUUGGGGUAAGAAAAAAGAGCCUUAUUAUCAGAAUUCAAACUCUGAAUCUGAUUCAAAAGAAGUUGGUAUACCAUUAAAUUCUUAUCUAUCACUAGCAUCAUAUAUUGGAUAUUGGCCAUCAAAUGAGACAUUUGAUAGAAUUUCUUGGUAUGAUAUAGUAUGA